GGUUAGGAAACACGAAGUUUAUUUUUGCAAAGAAAAUGUGUUUUUGGACUGUUACAUAAUUCUAAAAAGUUGCAAACGCAGUAAAAGAAACCCCAAAAUGGAUUGUCCUGAGGAGUUCGCUCAAGCAAAAACACCCACGAUCAAUGGUCACCACCAUCAGGCCCACUCAAACUUCACACCAUCACUGUGUUUCACGUCGAACCCCAUAAUAGCCCCCUAUUCAAUUCAUUUCAAGUGUGGCCAAACCGUCGAAUUAUACUCCUGCGAGGACUGCAAUUUCCGAACUGAUCUGGCACUUCUGCUGAAAAAACACAUCGAACAACAUCAUAAAACCAACAAAGCAGAUUUUUCAAAAACAAAUUCCUUCACGAUCCAGGAAUACAUUUGCAAAAAGUGCAAGUUCGAAACACACUUCUCGAUGAAAUGUCUCCAACACAGUGUCGCGUGUUUAGAAAAAAAUGAAAAUAAGUCAGGGAAUCGCACUAACAAUACGGUGUUAACGUGGUAUAAAUGUGACCAAUGCGACGGCAAGUUCCGGUAUAAACAUAAAUUAAACUGCCACAAAAUUUCAAAACACUUGAACGAUGAUGAAAUUUUGUGGCACUACUGUGAUAAGUGUCCGUACAAAGCUAAGCAAAAAUAUUAUGUGAAGCGUCACGUGAGGGCGCACCAUUUGGACAAAAACGACGUGAAGUGGUACAAAUGUGAAGUAUGUCCAUAUAAAGCUAAACAGAAGUUGUCUUUGAAUAUACACGUGAAUGCGCAGCAUUUGGACGAACGUGACGUUAAGUGGUAUGAAUGUCACAAGUGUCCGUAUAAAAGUAAAGAUCAUUCCAAUUUGAAAAGACACAUAAAAACGCACCAUUUGGAUGUACGGGAAAUUAAGUGGCACGAAUGCGAACAGUGUUCAUACAAAGCUAAAGAGAAAGCGUCGUUGAAAAGACACAUAAAUUCGAGGCAUUUGGAUGGAAAGGAUGCUAAGUGGUUUGAAUGUGGAGAGUGUUCGUAUAAAGGUAAAAGAAGCUCGCAGUUGAAGAAACACGUAAUAGCUCUGCAUCUAGAUGAACGGGAUAUUAAGUGGUAUGAGUGCAAAAAGUGCUCCUACAAGGCGAAGGAAAAUUGUCAUUUGAAAAGGCACUUUAAGGCACGACAUGCAGUCAAAGCGAUUACCAAAUAGUUUUUAUAUUUUUAUGUUAAAAUAAAGAAAUAAAUAAACGAAA